AUGACGUAUUCAAUCAUCCUCCCUACUUAUAACGAAAAAGAAAAUUUGCCGAUCAUUACAUGGAUGAUCGAUAAGAUCAUGUGCGAUAACAACCUUUCCUAUGAAUUGAUAGUCGUGGACGACAACAGUCCGGAUGGAACCGGUGAAGUAGCCAAAAAGUUACAAUCUGUCUUUGGAGAUGAUAAAGUAAUUUUAAAACCAAGAAGUGGAAAAUUAGGAUUAGGUUCAGCCUAUUUACAUGGUUUAACUUUUGCAAGGGGUGAUUUUGUUGUGAUCAUGGACGCUGAUUUAUCGCAUCAUCCAAAAUUCAUUCCUGAAUUUAUCAAAUUACAAAAACAUCAUGACUAUGAUAUUGUUACUGGUACUCGAUACUCAUGUAAUGGAGGUGUAAGUGGUUGGGAUUUGAAGCGUAAACUUAUCAGCCGUACGGCGAACUAUAUAGCUCAGGUGCUACUUCGACCAAAAGCAUCCGACCUAACUGGGAGUUUUCGAUUAUACAAAAAAGAAGUACUGAAAGAUUUAGUUUCACGUUGUACUUCGCGUGGAUAUGUUUUUCAAAUGGAAAUGUUAGUGUUGGCAUCUACAUUAGGAUACAAAAUUGGUGAAGUUGGUAUAACUUUUGUUGAUAGAUUCUAUGGAGAGUCAAAACUUGGUGGGACAGAAAUUAUUCAAUAUUUAACGGGAUUGAUACAUCUUCUUUUUACUUGCUAA